AUGGCUAACCAGAAUUGGAUUGCUGAUAAAUUAGAGAAAAGGCUAUUGACCCAGCUUCACUUGACUCAUAGAGAAGUCUUUGAUCAUAUAAAGAUAGACUUUAAUGUGGUGUGCAGUGACAAGAUGAUUUAUAGAGUAUUAAGUGUUGCUAGAGAAAGGUAUAUUGGGAAUGAGAGGGCUCAGUAUGGAAAAUUGAGAGACUACCUCACAAAGAUACACGAAAGUAACCCAGGUGGCUCUGCAUUAUUGGAAUUAAUUCCAACAAUCCUUGAUUCACCACCAUUGUUCAGCAAGUUGUAUGUUUGCCUGGAGGCUUGUAAAAGGGGUUUUAAGACUAGCUGCAGACCGUUGAUUGGUUUGGAUGGAUGCCAUUUGAAAGGAUAUUAUGGGGGACAACUAUUGUCAGCUGUCGGUCAGGAUGCAAACAAUCACUUCUAUGUGAUUGCUUAUACGGGUUUGCUGCCUGCUUUGCAGGAGGUGAUGCCAAAUGCACACCACAGAAAUUGUCGGCUGAAGAGAAUGAAUGAGGGUGCAUGGGCCUAUCUUGCAAAAUUCCAACCAUCUUGCUGGACCAAAGCCCAUUUCAACCAUUGGCCCAAGCUUGACAAUGUGACAAACAACAUGACUGAAGUUUGGAACGCCAAAAUAAACCACUACAGGGGAAAGCCCAUUCUUACCAUGUUGGAAGAGAUCCGUUACUACUUGAUGAGGAGAAUGGCCAAGCAUAAGAAAGUUCUAAGCACCUACAUUGGAAGACAUUCAAAGAAAGUUGGUGUACAUCUUGGAAGGCACACUUGUAGUUGCAACUUGUGGCAACUAACAGGAAUUCCAUGUGUUCAUGUGUUGACAGCUAUACAAAAGAGGUGUAAUAGGCCAGAACCUUAUGUGCACCCUUGGCUCAAAAUGGAUGCAUUUAGAGCCACGUAUGAACAUGUGAUCAGACCAAUCAACUCAGAGAAAUAUUGGAAAAAGAUUGGUCUCUUGGCUCCAGAGCCAUCCACCAUUAAGAAACCACCUGGGCGCCCAACCAAGAAAAAGAGAAAACCUGAUCCUGUUGAGGAUGCACGGGAUGCGACAAAGGAAAGAAGAACAUUCAUGGUCACUUGCCAAAAAUGUGGUCAGAGUGAUCACAAUGCAAAGACAUGCAAUGGACCACCAAGGCCUAAAUCACCCCCAAAUGUUAAGGAAAAUAAACAGCCAAGAGCUAAGAAAAAUACUUCAUCUGCUCCACCACUACAAGAUGAAGUCCAAGUCUCCCAAACAGCCCCUCAAUCACUGCCACAGGAGCAUACAACUAACAUGUCAAGUGGUGCUGUGACUACAUCAGUAUCCAGGCCUCCAAGACCUAAACAACCAAUUAGGAGGCCACAUCCUACUCCAACACCUACCCCCACCAUCUACUCCAGCACUUUCUCCAGGUCCCACCAUCUUCGCACCACCACAGAGGCCUACCCAAUCAGCAUCACCUGA